GCUCAGGAAGUUACCGCGCUAUCCUUUCGAAAUGAAAAUCUAUGAGGAUUGUGUGGUAUUUGUCAGCCAAAAAUAUUUGACCAUCUCCAACCCUGAGAUGACAGAAUUCACCGACAUUGAUCUUCCGGGAAUGGACUAUCGCAACGGCGCAACCCUCAUGGCCUUGGAGCGCAUCGGUGACAAAGUUUUCAUUUUGGAGUCUCUCCGAGAGGGUCGGAUUGUCGACAAAACACGAGUUGAUAGGAUCCACGCCAUCAGCUUGAAAGCAAAGAAGAGCGUCCGGUGCGCCUCAGUUCCGCUUUACCAGGGAGAAGGAAGCUCUUACUGUAACCGCUACGAUGUGCACCCGGAGGCUACGAGCAGCUUCGUGAAAGCUGGAUCGGAACUCUUCCUGGCGAUCCAGACUGAUAGUCACGAGCCCUUCCUACUCUAUUCUGUGGGCCUCGAAUCUCUGAAAUGCACCCUUUUGUUCGAGGUCGCCCCUCCUGGAGCAAAGUGGGCCAAUCCGGACGUACUCUUCAGUCGAGCUUUUUCGUGCCUUGUGCCUCACGCUGUCGUGUCUUGCGACUGUACAAACUCGAUGGAGAUGGGGAAACCUGAAGACGACGAGGAAGCCGACAAGUAAUUUAUCUUGUGAUCUCUGUACAUACUUUUCGAAGAAAGCCUACCUCACAUCUCGGUCUCGGAGGGAAGUUUCUCUUUGAGGCCAAACUGAUUGCGAUAAACAAGUGGCUGACCAGAGUGUUCUCUGGUCACUGGAACCCCGGAACCGGCCGAAAGCUCCCCAUCCCCGCUCGAAAUUUUGCCCGACAUUUCAACAGCUAGAAUCAUCGAGACCAGUGAAUGUUUCAUAUGUGUGUAUAUGUAAUGCCGUUUCUUUGAAGUCGGAAGAGUGUAAAGCGCCGUGAAUGGCCGGAAGCGGGAUCGAGUUGGGUGGAAAAGUCCGAAGAAGUCGGCUCGAGCUGACAGUGACAAGACAGAGGAUCUCCUCCUAACCUGAACUCACCUGCCUCGAUGUCUGAGGCUCUAGUCAGUGUUUCAAUCCGACUUCAAAGAAUCGCGACCUCAUACUUCAUCAGCCUCGGUGGUCAGAGCUGCUGGAGCG